AUGGAGGAAAAUCACAGCGAUUUCCAUGUUUUUGAAGCACUGGAUAUUGUCGAUUUUUCAAGAAGAUGCAAAAGCCAUUUAAGUGCUGCUUUACCAUCCGUAAAACAGGCAAUAAGAUCUUUAAAAGAACUUUCAGUUGAAUUAAAAACAACGGUGGAUUAUAAUGGACUGGAAUAUGACUCGUCUCUUGUAUUUCGUUUUCUGAAGAAGCUACCAGAACGUAUUCUGUUCGAUAUGGACACGAUGGGUGCCCUAACACGAUUGCGAUAUUUAUACUUCAAGAAGAAACUGAUGUUGCUGUUGAGGAACAAUCUUCUUAAUGAUUACAUCGCUUGCAUGAGGAUGAGUCUAGCUGCAUGCCCUGAUGCUAUCCAAACAGAAGUAAAAGUGGAUAAAUUGCUCAAAGUAUGUGAUACAAUCCAACUGGAUCUUGAACUUUCCGAAAGUAAUGCCAGUCAAUACGAAUUCAUGGCAGAGCUCUUGGAGUUGUGUUUCCACAAGAACAUCCAGAACAGCCCUCUGAUAGUGUCACUUCUCAAAGCAACGAUAGACUGGUACGCGAUUGAACCAUCAGAUACUCGCCAUGUGCGGCAACCUUUUUAUCCACAAGGGUUUUUUGAAUACAUUUUGAACCAUGCAACAAAGGAGAGGUUCGACAUCCAGGCGUAUUGUGAAAAUAACCCGAAAACCUUAUGGGAGUAUUCCCGAAAGUUUUCAAUUCUCAAUGCAGUUGCUUUUGGAAAUAUUUCAAGGACUUCGCUUUUGCUCCAGCAUGGUUUUAAAGUGUUCACUUCGUUAGAGCAGAAGAAGAGUGGCCACGGAUUCCCUUUUGUAAGUGAAAUAAUACCACCAACCUACCUCAUGAUUCUGCAAAUGAUGAACAACAUAAGGUAUGUAAACUUGUUGACAACAAGUUCGACAGAAAUACGUCGACGAGGACUCUAUUUCGUCACAAACGACCAGAAACGCUGCUUCUAUAUGGUAUGGAGAGCCAUACCAGAGCCCUACGUCAGGUACGCCGAAAUGGUAUCUUCAGUCUUCAACGAGUAUGUCAGCUUGGCCAAGCACCUCAUUUUGUACCCGGGGAGGUGCGAAAAGAACUCAAAGUUUUGUUUGAUGUAUGAGAACAAUUUCAUGGAGUUGUCUUUUGGACCGAAGGAACCUCGAUCGUUGAAGCAUCUGGCCAGGUGCAAAAUUCGCCAAAAUCUUCGGGCAUCUUCGGCUCUACCAUAUGGUAUUUAUGAAUUGGAAUUACCAAAAUCUCUACAAAGGUACCUCAAUUUGGAAGAUGAUUAA